AUGUCUUCUAAUGUUCUUCAUGGAACGAUUAAUCUAAGUUUUUCUUCAUCUACAUCGAAUAAAGAACCAUCAUUUGGUGAUGACGAAGCAUUACAUGUAUACAUUGAAGAUAUAUCACAAGUGCCAAAGACAGAAAAUGCUCAAGAACAUCCGAAAUCUAAUGGAUCUAUUUUACUUGGUGAAACCAAGAUACAACUAGGGCACAAUAAUAAAUUUCCAUUGAAAUUUGAAUGUAAAUAUGAUCCAGCAAAAGCAUCACAUGGAGAAUUUGAUAAAUUAUGUAAAGCAGGUUUAAUUAUUAUUGGUGCUGAUAUUAAUGCAGAAGGAAGAGAAAUGACAACAUUUUGGUUGAAAUCAGGAGAACAAAAAUUUGAACAAAAUAUCAAAUUAACUUUAACCGAUUCUUAUUGA